GAGAGAGAGAGAGAGAAAAGCUACAGAAAGAGGCACAAACAGAGAUGGGUUUUCUUCGAAAUUUAGCAUUGAUUAUUGUUGUUUUGUUUACGUUAUGCAAAAAUGUGAGAAGUGUUCCAAAUACAAAUGUGACAAGUGUCCUCUGCAACUCGGGGGUGUACACAAGAGGUGAUCCUUUUGCAAUAAGUUUAGCCUAUGUUCUUGCAGAACUAGAGACUGAAACACCAACAAGCAAAGGCUACGAUUACUACAACAUUUCUCCCUAUCCUAAUGCUUUCGCCUAUGGUCAUGCUGCUUGUAACCAAAAUCUCACAAGUUCGGACUGCACUACUUGCCUUGGUGCGGCAAAAACAGCAAUGUUUAGUGCUUGUCAAAGCCGAAUAGGGGCUCGCUCGGUGCUCCAUGAUUGUACAAUUAGGUAUGAGCAAUAUCCCUUUGAUAAUUAAAAGGCCAGGCUCCCAAUAGAUGGGACUUGAUCUGAUAAGUUUGUAUUCUUGUGACAAGUUGUGUUGUUACCUUAUCUUUUGAGUGAAAUGAUUUCUCUUUUCCUUAA